CCCUGUGUCCCUGCACCCAUGGUCUCCUGACCUGCUUUCAGCAUUUCACAUCACUGUCCGAAGAUCAAAACUGAACCCCAAAAUCACUUCAGUCCAAAUGCAUUUUUGCCAUCAUUCUGUCGAGAAAGUCACGAGUUGUGACAUUGUGUUCACAUGACUCCAUCUUCUAGCCAAUUGGAUGCCACCUUUCAAUCUGAGUUAACCAAGAGGAUAGGGGGGAAAUAAUUUUCCGUUUGCCAGUCGUUCCGUUUUUAUUAAUCUUUUUGCAAACAUCGAAAGUGGUGGCCAUCUGUUUCCAGUAGCACCAAAGUUUUUUAGGUGACUGUGUGGUGACCACUGGCCCCUAUUCCUUAACUGCUCCUGCGAGUUCCUAACUAAUUCACCCAGUCCUAAAUCCUCACCAUGGAGUCUAACAAAGUGCAAUCUGAAGGAGGCCUCAAUGUCACUCUGACUAUCAGACUCCUCAUGCAUGGCAAGGAGGUUGGCAGCAUUAUAGGCAAGAAAGGGGAAACUGUGAAGAAGAUGCGUGAGGAUAGUAAUGCACGCAUAAAUAUUUCAGAGGGGAAUUGCCCAGAGAGGAUAGUUACCAUCACAGGACCCACAGAUGCCAUAUUCAAGGCCUUCGCCAUGAUCGCAUACAAGUUUGAAGAAGAUAUUGUUAACUCUAUGAGCAAUAGCCAGGCUACUAGUAAGCCUCCAGUGACUUUGCGUUUGGUGGUGCCGGCCAGUCAAUGUGGCUCUCUAAUUGGGAAAGGAGGCUCCAAGAUCAAGGAGAUGAGGGAGUCUACAGGGGCUCAAGUGCAAGUGGCUGGAGACAUGUUGCCCAAUUCUACUGAGCGGGCGGUCACUAUCUCAGGUGCUCCAGAGGCCAUUAUUCAGUGUGUGAAGCAGAUCUGUGUGGUCAUGUUGGAGUCCCCACCCAAAGGUGCCACAAUUCCAUAUAGGCCGAAACCUGCCACUGCACAAGUCAUUUUCUCUGGGGGCCAGCUAAGAGCAGAUACUCUGACAGCACCAGCCACAGCCAACCUCAGCUUGUUACUGCAGCAUCAGCCUCUGCCUGCCUACACCAUUCAGGGACAAUAUGCCAUCCCACACCCAGACUUGACAAAGCUCCAUCAGCUGGCUAUGCAGCAAACCCCCUUUACCUCCCUCGGACAGACCACCCCCGCUUUCCCUGGUGUGGAUGCCAGUUCACAGGCCAGUACUCAUGAACUCACCAUUCCAAAUGAUCUAAUAGGCUGCAUAAUCGGACGUCAGGGCACAAAAAUUAAUGAAAUUCGUCAAAUGUCUGGGGCUCAGAUCAAAAUUGCUAAUGCCAUGGAGGGGUCAUCAGACCGUCAGAUCACCAUUACUGGAACACCUGCCAACAUCAGCCUGGCACAGUACCUCAUAAAUGCCAGGUUCAGAGAUGUGGCAGCCAUGUGGACUGACCCUUCAACCAUGACAACCUCCUGAAAUCAUAUUUUGUCCUGUUUAUCGAAGACGUUCUGGUCUUGAACUGUUUUUGGGCCUCAUGAGUGUUCUUAAAACCUGGGAAUUGAUAUAGUCAGACAUUUGCGUCUCAGGAUUGUUGAACUACAAUUAGUGUAAUUAAGCCAGUUCAACUGACUCAUUCCAUAAAAUAACAAAAAAACUACAUUGAAUGGUCUCUUCAGUAAAAAGUAUUCUAAUAAGCAGCCUAUAUUUUGGCAAUUUUGGAAUUUAUUAAUUAGAUAUAGUUUUGAGUUUUAGCAAAUAAACUUAGCAUGCUGAAUGUCUAGCAGUCGUUAUUGCUCUUAUUUAUUUAAAUGCUUUCUCAGAAAUUUACAGUAUAUAAAAAUGUUAUUCAAGUUAUCGUACAUGUAAUGUGAGCAAUAAAUUGUAUUAAAAUAUGCUUCUUUUAACUUCUGUAAGUGGCAAAACAGACGGUCAUAAAUGUUGAGAUUUUAGAAAAAGAGAAAACUGAUUUCCAGUUCAUUUUAAAUAUGGCCACACCUGUGUAGAUUCAUUGCUGGUUUAUAAUUUGUAACAGAUGUAUAUUUCAUACAGCGCAUGAUAUCCUUUUUCUUUUUAUUCUGGUCCCGAAACAGUUGUCUGUUCAACAUUUGUACAAUUACAAACCAGAUGAUCUAAUCAUGUGUGAUUUAAUGAUUUUUUCAGCCUUUCAAAAAAAGACCUGAUUGUUUCACUUUUAACAUUUUACUUGGCUAAACAUUAUUGAUGUUGACUGUGCUUCAAGUAAUUGUAAUAGUUUAUGAAGCAAUGUACUUUGUUUACAUCUUUGUUUAAUGCUGUGUUGUGCACUGCAAUAAUGUGAAUAAUUGAAAGUGUCAGACAUAAGUAGUCUAGACAAAAGUAAGAUUAACUAUCAUCAGUGGACCACAGAAGAAUUGACACCUUUUGGCAAUGCAUCUGUGAUUAUACAGUAAGGAAGCAAGUAAUAGAAGUUGAUUUGAAUGUAAUGAUGUGACUUUUUAACAGGUCAUUUGCUGUUUAACUUGUCAAAUGUACACCCAGUCCCAGAUGGAUGAAACAACAGCCUACAGUAUUAUACAUUUGCUCAAGCUCUUUAGGUUUUCUUUUCAAACUUGUCUCAAUAGCUUGUGAUUACAUUGUUAGUUGGAUUCACAAGUUGUAUAUCUACUGUAUAUGCUCUGUGUUAACAGUUCUCUGUUCAGAAUGUUUAUUAUUUAUAUCAAAGAAAUGGGCUUUGAUAAGUUAAAAUGUAAUGUAGAAUUAUUUCAUGUAUGCAUUUUGGUGUUGACUUCUAUUUGAGAUUUUAUGUGAUGAUUUAUUAAGAGUUCUUAAUAGAAAUCCAGUGAGUUCAUAUAAGUGAAUAUGUAUCUUUUUCUGUAAUUUCUAGUGGCUAAUAGACCAUUAAUUGUGCUCCGUUGACACAGUGACUUUUGUAUAUUCAUACCCAUAUAACAGGGUCUGAAUUUACAAGCAUGGCUAUUCUGAAUGUCUUAACACUCUUGGCAGUCUUUCUAUACAGUAUAUAUCUCAUAUAAUCAGUUAUGACACAAAAAUGGUUGACACUGGACUUUUAUUAAACUAAUGUGCUUAUUUUAUUUAUUUAUUUAUUCUUAUUUUAAUCCAUGCGGACUAUAGUAUUUCCUACAAAGAAACUUUGGUUUCUGUGAUUGCUGCUGAAUGACUCAUGGUUUGACUUGCAACUUGCA